AUGUCAAAGAGAACAAGCGUCGCGGCCUCCGGGUCUGCCGCCUCCUCCAGCAACGAUGCCACCGUCUCCAAGUCGCCAGCGCUAAAAGACAACAAGCAAGACCUCCUCCUCUCGUCCGAUGUAGGCCACUUCUCCCUCGUUCGCGCCCUCCACCUGGCCGACCUCAUCACCGAGCUCAACGGCCUCUGCGGCAUCCUCUCCGUCUUUUCCUCUCUGCGGUACUGCAUCACCACGGGCCCCCUCGCCUCGGCGCUGAACACGGAAGCCCACUCGACGCUCUACUGGGCGCUGGGGUUCCUGCCUCUGGGGUUGUUCUUUGACUUUUUCGACGGUAAAGUUGCGCGGUGGAGGAAAAAGAGCAGCAUGAUGGGGCAGGAGCUGGAUUCGCUUGCCGAUCUUAUCUCGUUCGGCGUAGCCCCAGCCUCAGCCGCCUUCGCUAUGGGCCUCCGCACACCAGUCGACCACCUCCUCCUCGGCUUCUUUGUCUUGUGCGGCCUGACGAGACUGGCCCGGUUCAACGUCACUGCCGCCGCCAUCCCCAAGGACGCCACAGGAAAGGCAAAGUACUUUGAGGGAACCCCCAUCCCUACAACGUUGGCUACCGACGCGGUGAUGGCGUAUUGGAUCUCUAAGGGCUGGAUUCACGAGGCGUUGCCUCUGGGCACUUUGUUCACGGGUACCCUCCUAGAGUUUCACCCGGUGGCGCUCAUGUUUGCUAUUCAUGGGUGUUUGAUGUGCAGCAAGACGAUUCAUAUCCCUAAGCCUUAG